CCGCCGGUUUAAAUCGACAACGUGGUUGGUGACACAUGAACUUUCUGUCAAAUGUCAAAUACAUAACCCUAAAUUAUUACUAUAGUUGUAAACACAGAUUUUUGUUUCUAAGCGCAUAAUAAUGUCCGCCUUAUUUAACUUCCAAAGUUUGCUUACGGUGGUGCUGUUGAUGAUCUGCACAUGUGCAUACCUUCGGGCCCUUUUUCCUAGUAUAAUGGACAGGAACAAAGUUGGGUUGAUGGGCACUUUCUGGAAGUGCGCCCGUAUUGGAGAACGCAAGUCCCCGUGGGUUGCUAUGGCUUGCUUAACAAUGGCGUUUUCCAUCUUGUUCAUCAGAUGAACGUUACUGAAUUUACUUAAGGUUAAUGUAUAUAUUAAUAAAACGAAGAAAAGUCAAGUGAA